UCUCAGGCAGAAGCACUCCUCGGAGACUCUCCAGCUCAGCUCGUCACCUUCAGGUCAGCUCACCUCCAUAUCUCACCAUGUCGGUCUCUUUCAGCCGCCAGAGCAGCUACAGCGCCCGCAGCAUCUCCAGUGGCAGCGCUGUCCGCCUGAGCAGAGGGGUGCAGCUGGUUGGAGAUGGCCAGACCCUCAUCUCCACCGGUUCCUCGCAGAGGCGCACGCCCAGCGUGUACGGGGGCGCAGGAGGUUAUGGGACCCGCAUCUCCCAGUCAGCCUUCUCCUCCUCCGGGUCGCUGUCCUCGUACGGCGAGACUGCAGUGAUCAACAACGAGAAGGUGACCAUGCAGAACCUCAAUGACCGCCUGUCAUCCUACCUGGACAAGGUGCGCUCGCUGGAGUCCGCCAACAGGAAGCUGGAGCUGCAGAUCAGAGAGUUCUAUGAGAAGAAAGCUCCUGUUUCCAGUGACUACACCCACUACUUCACCACCAUCGCUGAACUCCGAGCUAAGAUCAUGAGUAAAUACUCAGAAAAUCAACGUAUCAUCCUGCAGAUUGACAAUGCGCAAAUGGCUGCAGAUGACUUUAAAAUAAAGUAUGAGACGGAGCUGAACAUGCACACGAUGGUGGAGGCCGACGUGUUACGUCUCCGAGGAGUCCGAGACAGCCUGACUCUCGGCAUCACUGACCUGGAGAUGCAGCUGGAAGGUCUAAAAGAGGAGCUGGUCUACAUGAAGACCGCCCAUGAGGAAGAGAAGCGCCUGCUGAAUGUCCAGCAGGCUGGCAUGGUCAACGUAGAGGUGGACAGCAAACAGUCUGUUGAUCUGACGUUGGUCCUGCAAGAGAUAAGGGAGCAGUAUGAAGCUAUGGUGGUGAAGAACAAGCAAGAGCUCGAGAAAUGGUUCCAAUCUAAGGUGGAACUUCUCAAUACUCAAAUCACAACAUGUACAACAGAGGUGAAGACAUUUUCCACCCAGCUGUCAGAGCUGAAGAAGACCCUCCAGACUGUGGAGAUAAAUCGGGAAAGCCUCCUCAAAGAGAUUCAGUGCUUGCAGCAGAAUAAGGAAGAAGUGAACAGUCGAUACAGCAUGCAGCUCAGCCAGCAGCAGCUAACCAUCAACACGCUGGAGGUAGAGCUGCAGCAGCUGAGAGUCUCUCUGGAGCAGCAGCAAGCCGAUUACAACCUGCUGCUGGACAUCAAGAUGAGGCUGGAACUGGAGAUCGCUGAGUACAGGAGGCUGCUGGAGGGGGAGAGCUAUGAACAAAAACAGGCUGUGGUCAUCAGCAAGGUUGUGGAAGUGCAAGUAGAAGAGCAUAAACCCCACAUCGAGAGGAGAGUGAAGACCAUCGUGGAGGAGAUUAUUGAUGGGAAGGUGGUGUCCUCCAGUGUUGAUACCCAAGUGCAGGAAAUUCAGUAACACCUCUGCUGACGCUAAAGUUAAAUUUCUUUCUUUAUUUACUAGCUAAAUCAUAUAAUACCUGCUUAAUGAAUACUUUACUAAGUCAACGUUUAACUUAAGUAAUUUAAAUUGGCCCUAUACCUAUGAGGGGGAAAAAACUAAAUGAAUUAGUAAUAAUGGAGGAAAAUGCAAGUGAAUAAAAAAAUGUGAGUGAUCAAUUAUUAAAAGUGAUUUGAUUCAAUCAGCCGUGAUAUAUUGAGAACAGAGCCAUGGUUCAUACUUUGCCCUGUAUUACAUUCAUCAUUCAUCUUUCACAACACAAAAUUACCAGUUACCAUUUAAGGAAAUUGGCCUCAAUAAAAGUGAAAAUAACGUACAGUAAUUGAAAAAAGUGACACAUUGUCAAUUGAUUUGAUAAACUUGAUUGGCAGCUGAUUAUCAGAGAAACACUGUUUCAUUCUGUUCAUGUUGUGAAUGAUGAAUGAUGAAUGUAAGAUGGGAAAAUGAUGAAACAUGGCUCCGUUCAUGACCGUUUUAAUCAAAUCAGCUUUAAAUUAAUUCCCUUUAAAGUUUUCAAUUUACAUGCACUUUUACUGCUUCUUUUUUUAAUUCACAUGCGUUAUCAUCAUCAUCUCCAUUUUCUUAAUUUACUUUUGUUACUUCAUGUAUACCAAGAUAGUUCCCAAACAAAUCACAUAUAAAAAGCACUUAAGGGUUUUAAGUAGGUUACUUUGGGAUUUUCUUUCUUUUCUUUUAAAUACAAUGAUAUAUGGCAAGGUUGCGGCAAGUGAUUAUUUUGCCCUGAUAGAUGUGUGAGACCAAAAUAUGAAUAGAAACACCAGAAAGCAUGUGUAUUCUUGAUCACAAAUGUGUAUUACAAUCCAAAAAGGUGGAUUAUAAUUUGAACAUGGGGUUUUCUUUAGCAAAAAAACUCAAUAACGUUGUUGUUGUCUGAAGCUCAAGCUUGGGGCCUCCUGUAUUUUCCCUGUGCAGAUACUUUGCCCAUAAUCACAACCAUUCACCGAAAUAAAGCAACAUCUGACAUUGUUUUUAAGGG